AUGGCCGGCCAGAGCAAGCGUAGAAUCGAAACCGAUGUCAUGAAGAUGCUCAUGUCGGACUAUGAAGUCUCCCUUGUCAACGACAAUAUGCAGGAGUUCUACGUGCGCUUCCAUGGACCCACAGAAACACCGUUUGCUGGUGGCAUUUGGAAGAUUCACGUCGAACUACCCGACCAAUAUCCUUUCAAGUCACCGAGUAUAGGCUUCAUGAACAAGAUAUACCAUCCGAAUAUCGAUGAACUCAGUGGGUCUGUUUGUCUCGAUGUUAUCAACCAAACAUGGUCCCCGAUGUUUGACAUGAUCAACAUUUUCGAAGUAUUUCUUCCCCAACUUCUACGCUACCCAAACCCAAACGAUCCAUUAAACGGAGAAGCUGCCGCACUGUUAAUGCGUCAUCCGAAAGAGUACGAUGUCAAGGUCCGAGAAUAUGUCCAACGAUUUGCGACCAGGGAAGCUGCGGACGCGGCAUCAGGAGAUAUGGAGGAAGAGCAAGAAGAGGCAGAUGAAGAGAUGAGCGACAUUGGUAGCAUGAGUGAAGGCGAAUAA